UCCCUCUGUAUGAUGCAUGUUUCAAAGAACGGCUCCCAAGAUAUCGACAUAUUAUUUUUUGCGUGAUUUAUCGUGACUCGGUCUCUUCCGGUGUUUGGAGGUCGCGUUGACGCUGCUGGUCGCCCAAGCUUUCCCCCGAGAGCAGUGAAAGUCAUCCCCUCGGGACUGCGCACCAACCACCGUCUGACUCAUACACGUGGAUCUGAUUGCUGCGCCACAUGGCAACAACAGGUCCAUCAACGGAACCCCUGCGCGGCUUCAUUCAGGGAUCCUGCUCAUUCUGUUGUACUCCAGUUUGAACCUCAGGACUCAAAAGUUUCCAGCACGUCGCACAGACUAACGCUCAGCACCAUGUCCACCAUACACUACCAUACAGUCCACCAUACAGUGCCAUUCACUGCUAGCGUGUCACUCUGAGGUUGACCCUGCUAUUGCUCCGGAAUGUUGCUGUGCUCUUGGAAGCUCUCUCCACGCAGACAUCAGCGCAAGGCCCUUCCAAAACAAGAGCAAGCAAAAACCUGAUGGACGCCGUCCCCGCUUUCAAACAGACGUCACAACAUAAUGUUGGAUACCAUGAUGCCUUUGACCGGAGACGAUAACAUGAAGACUUCGAAGCCAAAGUACGCUUGCGACGCCUUCGCUGACAGCAAGGACUUUUUGAACGCCUUGAAAAAAGAAUGCCUCGAACGCAAAGCCCUGACCCGAGUGGAGCGCCUGCAGAACACGGACUUGCUUCAGAACUGGUCCUCGUACGUAGCGAAAGUCAACCACCGUCACCAAAGUGUAAAAGAGGAAAAGAUCGUGACAAGACCACCUCUCACUCCACCGCCACCACAGCUGAACGACAGCAGAGCCGUGGACAAAGUUGAUGAACCCGUCGAAAGCGCUGCCUGUAACGAUUCCCAAACGCCCAACAGUGGUACUAAUGAUUCAACGGGCCAAGGCCGCAUCUACUUCUUGAGUGAGAACUACGACGACGUAUCUGGUGACGAAUCAACGAACGCGAGGUCACUUGAAUCUACGAAUGGAGUCAACCACGAAAUGAUCGAAAGGUUCUUGCCCCUGGUUGACGCUAUGGAGCAAGUCGUACCUUCCGACACGGAAGAUGUUCUAGAAGAAGGAGGGCUCAUUAUCGACGACGCGGAAGGCCCAGCUAAGCAACAGUUUACCGUCGAAGCGAAGGGCCAACCGGUGGCUGAAGACUCGUCCACGGAAACCGACAGCAGAGAGGACGCGUCGGCGCGACGUGAUGAAGAAACAGAAAUGGACUGCGCGGGGACCGAAACUACCAAGGAACAACCGUCGGAGCCAAGGGUGAAACGGGCGAGGACUUCGAAAGUGCGCAAAUCAAGGAUGGUUUUGGACAAGUUGAGGAGCGCAGAAAGGAAAGGAAAAAGGCCUGGAACUUAUCAACGCCCUGUGAAUGAAAGGUGCAUGACGAACAGUCAACCGAAGGAAAAGGGCAGCGGGUCUGAUGUGCCAUCCGAGGACGAUUCAAGCACGACGACUGUCGACGGAACAGAGUACCUGAGCAGUUCGGACGACGAAAAUAACAAGCCCAAGGCACCCGAGACCGAGGAGACUGCUGCCCAGCGACAUGGAGUCAAGAGGCUUGUGAGGAACGCCGAGGAACUUCGCAAGAGCAUCGUCAAAGAUUCUCUGAAUGAAGAAUCCAGAUAUAAUCGACUGGUACAAGAACUUCCGGGGUUCAACUGGCUCGAGCAGAAGAUCAUGGGCCACACUUCUGUGCCCGUGAAAGCUCCGCUCACGGCACCUCCACCGCUCAACGGGAAAGAGAAAUGUUCCGACGGAGAAGUCAAGGGUUCCCCCUCUGUUGACAUCCUCAGCAGAUCGAUGUCGGAGAUUCAGGAUGAAGUUUGCACAGAGACGAACGAAGGGGAAACGAUAAAAUGCGUCUCAACCCAGACCGAGCUCUCACGGAACACUCCCACAUCAGGUUAUGCGGACCAAACUUCAAUCUCGAAGAUGGAUUUCAAAUCCAGGCCGCCUUUCAUAGGUGGCACUCUCUGUUCAGCUUCGCUGUCUCCGCCGUCACAUCCGAGAUUUGUUAAGGUCCCGGAGGGAACCGUUAACCCGCAGGAAAGUGGGAAAACAUGGCAACCUCCCCACCACCCUCCAGGAAUCCCCAACGGAAUAGGGAGGCAGCGAGGGUACGGAAUACGCUCUCCAAACAACAGUGACACGGACAUUAUGUACAUAGGAGAAGUCGGGAAGGAUACGAGGAACGAGAACCGGAAGUACCCUGGUGCAGAAAACCACGCUCAAGCUUCACAUCCCCCACAACCCGUACCACGACCGAAUGAAGGGCUGCAACACGCCAUGGCGUUCGACGCUCAACAAAGGGCUCUAGUCGAAGCCCAGCGCCAACUCUUCCCUUGGUUUUACCGACCAGAUGGUAGCGGCCCUCCACCCCUAUCUCCAACAGGAGUUCCACAAGGUCCACUACACGGACUCACAGAGAUGUGCCAGCAAGGCUCUGCAGUUCCAAAUGCCGCUUGUAUGUCGGACCGAAUGUAUGGCCCACCUUACAUCCGGAUGGCACAGAAGGCGUACCAGUCCGUUCCGCUUGUUCCGCAUGGUGACGGGUCCGCCCGAAUGAAUCCUAUGUUCUCGUACUUUGGGUUGCCCCGUGUCUUUAUGCCCCCUUACCAGCGGCCAAGUGUUCAGCAGCCGAACGACGGUCACGUGACGAAUGGUGGAACCAGUGCUCCUCAGGACAAGAGUACCGUUGGCCUAAGGGUGCCAAAGAGCAGUGAGCUUCAAAAAGAACUACAAAAGAACCAGAGGGACCUUAAACCAACUCAGGAUCGUGUGUCUCAUCCGUCGAGACCAUCCGUUGCUGUCGCUCCUCAAUACAACGCUCAGCCACCGUAUCCUACACCUCGGCGACCCUCGGCUGACCGUGUGAACACCAUGAGGACUCCUCCCGAAGCGCACUGCGCGAGCCCAACGAAACGCACGGAGUGCGCCGAACUUCCUCCGCUGACGAUUGUUCGUUCCCAACCCACGUUACGCCAAGAACCAGCAACAAUUUCGCCGGCCACUCCCGAAAGACACACUCCGGACAAGAACGACGUUACGCAGAGCCCGGAGCAAGAGUUGCGCAAGAGGAAAGAGGAGCUGCAGUACUUGGACCACCUCGCCUCGCAAAAGGAGGCAGAAUACGAGCGACUUGUUCACAUGAGAGCCGAGAAGCUACGGAUGUUGACGGAACUUGAGAAUCGCAUAAGGGCUACGAAUGAGACCGAAAAGCAGCAGGCGCAGAAGAGCCCUCCCACCAUUGUGCCGCUUGUUCCGUACUUUCACCAGGGCACGCGGGCCUACAAAGAGCCGAGAUCAGACUCCGAAGGCUCCCACCCUCCCAGGCCCCGUCCGAAGUACGACAACGAACUGCAAACUUCGAAAGCACCGCAAAAUGCCUCGACACCUCCCCGCAGUAUCCCGGGACACCAAUAUCCAAUACACUCACCCCCUACCACUGCCAUACCCGUGAUGUCAGCUGCGAACAUACCUGUCGCAGUGCCUUUGAUAGGAAGGGGGAUGCUUAACGUUAGGAGCAUUGACAUUCCCCGCGAAAUUCCACCAGUAGUUCUGCACGAAAACGCCGCACCUCCGGGAUCGGAGAAUAGGUCCUACUACACCAGUGGUUACCACAGACGUGCUUCUCCGACUGUGCCUCAAAAUCCGCAAGUGAAACGCGCUCACUCUGCGACGGACGUGCAGAAGCAGCAGGAAGAAUCUCGCCGAAUGCCCGCACCUCCUCAGCCUCCCCCAACUAUCCAGAGGCCGUUUCCGCAACGAGCCGGCAAGCCUUCUCCUGUGCCCGCUGAAACGCGUAGUGUACCCUUGACUUUCAAAGAAGGACACCGUCCGGACCUUGCUGCGUAUUACGGCCAACAAAAUUAUCCCCUCGCGUAUUACUACGGGGGGGCGAAAACCGCGGAACAUUUGCCUUACCCCGGUGUACAGACAUAUGGCGGUGCCGUUGCCCAUGGAACAACCGGUGCGUCACACCAAGCGGCAGGCUACCCGACCGUGUGGAGAGACUAUGGUGUAGCAGUGCGUGGCAAGUUUACCCACCCUACCGCUCCGGACCAAAAAGAACGGCCUAUGGAUCCAAACUCUCACAGAGGUGUCGGUGCCGACGCGAAGUCUUCUAGUCGUCCCUCCGACGAAGAGCGUGCCUUUUAUGAGCAGGAACUGGCGAGGGAUGUUGCUCGCAUGGCUUCUAAUGCACUUACUCGGGAGGCAGCGUACGGAACCCACCAGGAACGUAGCCAACGAUAUGCUCCUCAAAACCCUCAGGGCCGAGGUGUCAACUGGAAAGCUGUAGGGUUCCUUGAGAAAUACCUGAACGAGGUGAUUCCAACAAGAAGACACAACCAGCGAAAGAAGAACCCAGCAAAUGCGCCUUGUGCGGGAAGUACGCGCAGUACCUUUGUUCCGGUUGCCAGUCGGUCUGGUACUGUGGCCAACAGUGCCAGAAAAGCAACUGGAGCAACCAUUCGAGCCAGUGCCACAACGUCAAGCGAUCGACGGGACAAGUCCAUGACAACCAGCCGCGUGCACAAUGGUCGUCAAAGCCCGACCAUGACACCGACGUCCACAAGGCCGGCAGAAAUGAAACGCUGUGAAGAGGGUUGACGGCGGUCGAGAAGUCACACUGUGUUCGGUCGUCCAAGUGUGCCGGGACAACACGUGCAUGAAGCAGUUCGCCAAAACAUAGGACAUUUUAUGUAUUUAUUCAUUUUUCCGUUUUAUUUAUCUGUUUCGCUACCCAUGCAAUGAACGUUUUAAUAUUUUAAGUCAAAGUUUGCGUGAAUCCGCCCACGGACUCUCUUAGAAAGUGAGACAGAUUCUACCUUAAAUAUAAGUCAGCAUUAGUGCAGCAUGAAGUGCCUCUGUUGACACAUAACGUUUAAGAAGGUUUUUGAACACUUACACACGCUGAACGUUUUCGCGAAUCCACAGAAUGCUUAGCGACGUGCUUCGGUCCUCAACUUGUCAUUCUUCUUUUAUCUAUAGUCGUGUUCAACUUGAGAAGGAAAAGAAAUCUAGUCCGUCAGCUCUCAAACUAUUACUGCCCUGCAGAUAGGAUGACUGGAUACAGAGAGGUCACGCUCCCCCCUGUACACAAUAAUGUAAUAUCCACCAUAAACUCACUCUGAUUCCGUAUUGGCUGUUAGGAUUGGUCGCAUGACACUACGCGCUGCGGGAAAAAGUGCGCUCCUCUGUUGAUGAUGGCGCUACAGUAUAUCUCCUUGCUGGCAAUUGCGUCUCCUUAUCUCUAACGCCGUAUGUUUACUUGAUGGACUAGAUUUCUUUUCCUUCUUAAAGGGAGACUUCGCAAGGAUUUGAAAAAAAAAAAAAAGAAUAGGUGAGCAUCAUACCGAACACGGACCUCUCCCUUGAUAUCGAAUACAACGUUCGCAUUCAUUUUGUGCGAGUAAUUAAUUCGUAAAUGAUGACAAUACCAAACCGAAAGCAAAAUGCAAAGCGUACAGCGGUUCGCCCGGAGGAAGAUACUGUGACGUCACCCAGCAUUGUCGUCUGCUACGAAGCUUGCAUUCUUCCAUGCUGGAUGACGUCAGCAGUGUUGCUUUCAGCGCCCUCUUGUUUCACAGAGGCGAAGCGCUCACUUCGCAAUAAUUCGUUCGAAUAAAAUCUGCGCACUUUUCGGAACGCGAUAUUUCGUAUGUAUGUUCCUGACACACCAAGGGUUACUGCUCUGUCACAAUCUUUGUGGUGAUUUUGUUGCGGAGUCCCACUGUAAGUUAAACCCGAAUAUAGUGUAAUUUUUAACGAUGCGAUCGAGCAGCUUUGAUCCUCAAUUAUUUCCCGAUCGGUUUACGUCAAACAACAACAGGGAGUAGUUGCACGAAUAGUCAGGGCACGGUAUAUAAAAUAUAUACAUCGUUCAAAACAAUGACAAAGUGCAAAUGACGAUAUAGGAAAGAGAGCGCAGCGACACCUGCUGGCUCAGUUCAGCGUUCAAGGCUUUUGUGUACUCAAUUUAAAGGGACGGUCUCAUCCGGAAACCCUUCUGCGAAAUUAUAAUGAAACCGAUACCAACCAUGUUCGGCAUAUGGCCGACUGUCUACCCGGCUAAUUUUUUCGUCCGAAAAGUGAAUUUUUUGAAGGGGGCACGGUCGAGUAAAUCGUCCAAAAAAAUCGAAUUUUCAAUUUCGGAAAAUGAAAAUAUAGAGCGCACUUCGGAGAAAGAAGCGUGCGCGUCGGCGAAGCUGAGCGCGCGCGCUCCAAACGCUGAACACCGCGUACCGUGGCAAUUAAACAUCGAAAAAAAAAACUGCAAAGUAUCCUCAAAAUAUUCCUUAUCGUUGUUGAGAAAAAGUACAUCAUAUUUUGACACAGAGCUCCAAAUUUGAGCGCUGGCAGAUGGCAGUGUGAGCGAGCUGGUGCCCACAAAAUAUGUCCAGAUGGAGCCUAAGGGCCUCCUUAAUGAACAUGCAAAUUUUCAUAACGAUAGCUUCAUUUCUUUCUUAGCUAUUGUGCUUUCAGCGACAUGUGGUAUAAACCCUACCACCACCACCACCACCACCACCACCACCGCUAACAAUCAGCGCUGCUUCCGCGGCCGCAGAGGCUCCAGCGGCGUGACGUCACUCUCUAAUAGGAGGAGUGAGAGCGCGGCGCUUAGAGGAGGAAAGGCGCCGUCCAGACGCCCGCGGGAUUGCUUUUCUCAAGGCCGUGUUCCGAUUGGUUCUUAGCGAGUGCCAUGUUUCUCGUUUUUCCCAGAGAGGGAAUUCCAGCUUAUGCUCAACAUCCGGCGUCUGCUCUUGUUUAUGUAUUCCAUUAUUUCCCGUGGUAUUUCCGAUACUGUGGUCAGUCAGCGAUCCGCGAGGAAUAAAAUGACACUAUUGCUUAGAAAUAUAGUUACGUAUGUGACCGUCCCUUUAACAAACAAUGCCACGUGCGAGAAAAAGACUUCCGAAAAUGUCAAGUAUCAAUCGGCGCGAAUACUAUCAGCCCGGAAGACUACAAGAUGAGGGCGCACGAUUACGGCAACUCGCAAUAGCUAAGGUUCUCUGUCGUGAGCUGUGGUAGAAAAAAAAAAAAAAAAAAGUUAGAAGCAAAGCAAAUUUCCACCCCAUGCAUUUACUAUGGCCUAUGCCGCGCGCAAACCGCCAUGUUUUUCUUCUGUUAUCUUCACGCUCACAUUCCCACGUGUAGGUGGCGCUGUCUCGGAACCCUCCAUCUGGCUGUUGGUUGUUCCAUAAGAUUUGGUUCUGCUUCGUCAGCAGGCAGUGCCACCUAUAUGUGGUCAUGUGAACGUGAAGCAGACAAAGGGAAAAAUUGCGGUUUUCGAGCGGUAUGGCAGGCCACAGGAACUGCAUGGGGUGGGAAUUUCCUUUGCUUCGAAUUUUUUUUUUUUUUUUUUUUACAAAGUAAGAGCAUUUGAAAAAAAAAAUAUCGAUAAAACGCCAUGCAAAUGACUAUCAGUCUGCAAAGUUCGAAUGCGCCACAGACUUUAUCUUGUAUUUUCAUAACUCGAUCGAACUGUGUAACCAUUGCUAAAUUCACCCCGUAGUUAUAAAUAGCGUCUGACGAGCCAGGCCUGGACACUCGCGCAGUCUUUACGCAGGUACGUAAAAUCAGUCACUGUAAAUUUUUACGUCUGUACAGUGUUUUACAAAGCAGCCUGCUAACCGUACCCGCCAAAAGUGCCCGGCACACAGCAAAGCGGCAUGUGACACUUCCAGUGCGUACUACUACGUCAGAGGUGCCGUGCUUAGUGCUGUCCCAGAAUAUUAUUUCAGUUUUAAAGUUUAAUGAAUCUCAUUUUAUGGCAACUUGCGUUUCCAAGUGUCGAGAUACAUAAAACGAUUGCGGUAACGUUGUCCUUCCUGCAAAGAGAAGUGCUGUGUUCAGGUAUAAAGCUGGAAUAUAAAAUAGUGAAUGGAACAGUGCAUUGGAACGUUAUAAUGCAAUGUUGAGAUAUUGAAGGCAAACUGCUGCGUCGAUCCUGGGGUGGACUGCAGAACCUUUUGUGCGCGAUAGCGUUCAGUGUGGGACGUUUUUCGGACAUUUAUGCCGCAGAAGCGUGCGAGCACCACUUGCACCUGAUUUUUCUGGACGUGUGAAGAUUCGUUGGUGCCUUUGGACAGCAGUGACAUGGAUGACAUUCAAAAAAAUCCUGCACUAUACUCAAGUAUGCCUUCGUGCAUGUUGCGGUUUGUAUCCUGUGCCAUCGCCGACUGGUGCGCCGCAAGCCUUGUUCACAGUCAUGUACAUAAUUUGUAUAAAAAAAUGGUGCCCAGAGUGUA